UGAUUUACCAGCGCUGAGCAGACGUCUGCCGGGUCUUUGAACGUGGAGAACCGGGCUCGAAACUAUUGGUGAUCACAGUAUUAAUUUAAACAUGCGGAUUUUACUGGCGCUUUUGCCCCUCUUUGCCGUCGUAUCAGCUGAUCCUAAGAUCUACUUCAAAGAAGAGUUCGCAGAUGGAGAUGCAUGGACGAGCCGGUGGGUUCCCUCUGAACACAAAAGCGAUCUAGGAAAGUUUGUACUUACGGCCGGUAGCUUCUACGGAGAUGCGGAGAAAAACAAGGGUCUCAAAACUUCGGAAGAUGCCAGGUUUUACGGGCUCUCCGCCAAGUUCGAGCCAUUCUCCAACGAAGGCAAGACCCUGGUCGUGCAGUUCACUGUCAAGCACGAGCAGAACAUCGACUGCGGAGGCGGCUACGUGAAGCUCUUCGACUGCUCCCUGGACCAGACCAAGAUGCACGGUGAAUCCCCGUACAACAUCAUGUUCGGCCCCGACAUCUGCGGACCUGGCACCAAGAAGGUCCACGUCAUCUUCAACUACAAGGGCAAGAACCUGCUCAUCAGCAAGGACAUCCGGUGCAAGGAUGACGUGUACACGCACUUGUACACUCUGAUCGUCAGGCCCGACAACACGUACGAGGUGAAGAUCGACAACGAGAAGGUGGAGAGCGGUGAGCUUGAGAAGGACUGGAGCUUCCUUCCUCCCAAGAAGAUCAAGGACCCGGAGGCGAAGAAGCCCUCCGACUGGGACGAUCGCGCCAAGAUCGACGAUCCCGAGGACAAGAAGCCUGAGGACUGGGACCAGCCAGAGUACAUCGCUGACCCCGACGCGACCAAGCCCGAAGACUGGGACGAUGAGAUGGACGGCGAGUGGGAGCCUCCUCAGAUCAACAACCCGGCAUACAAGGGCGAGUGGAAACCCAAGCAGAUCGACAACCCCGCCUACAAGGGUGUCUGGGUCCACCCGGAGAUCGACAACCCAGAGUACAGUCCCGACGCGGAGCUGUACAAGUACAAGGAGUUCUGCCACAUCGGCUUUGACCUCUGGCAGGUGAAGUCCGGCACCAUCUUCGACAACGUCCUCAUCACCGACGACGAAGAGUACGCCAAGGUGUUCGGCGAGGAGACCUGGGGCGCCACCAAGGAUGCCGAGAAGAAGAUGAAGGAACAGCAGGAGGAAGAGGAGAGGAAGAAGACAGAUGCUGAGGACAAGAAGGAUGAAGAUAAGGAGGAUGAGGACUUUGAUGAGGAAGAGGAGCCAAAGGAUGAGGAAGAGUCCAAGGAUGAAGAAGCCAAAGAGAAGGAAGAGGACGUUCAUGAACAUGAGCACGAAGAGCUCUGAUGUGGUGCAGAGGGGGGCAGGGGACUGUUUGGGGGGAGGGGGGUGGCAUCACCUUUGAGUGUAGCUGGCUUUGUACAGACAUCUCUCCAUUUUCAUUGUAUACCUUUGUUACUGGUGGUAAAUAAAACUAAAAAUACUGUACAGAAUUUUUUUGA